AUGGCCGACUGGACGAUAAGGCCGCAAUUGAAGGCUUUGGGCGGCAUUGCCAAUGUGAUUGUGAUUGGUGGUGAAUACAAGCAAUACCAGGUGUUGGCCAAUCCCAAUAAAUUGAAGCACUACGGGAUAAGCCUUCAGGAAUUGCAAGCGGCUGUAGAAGCAGCCAACGUAAAUACCACGGGUGGUUUUUACAAUGAGUUUGGCAACCAGUACAAUAUUAAAGGCGAAGGCCGGGCUUACGAUGUGGACGAUCUACAAGAAGGUCUGAUCAAAGAAGUGAAUGGCCAGGCGAUUCGGAUAAAAGACGUGGCUGAAGUAAAGGUAGGUCGGUUGCUAACCCCCUUGGGUAUUGCCUUUAUCACUUCUGUACUUACUUCUUUGGUGGUGGCGGUUACGGUGACCCCGGUUUUGUGUUCUUACCUGCUCAAAAAAGAGAAAUUGCUUCAAAAGCAAUCUGAGGGAACCCGGGUUGAACGCUGGCUGAGAAAAGGCUAUUCGGGUAUGCUCAAUAAAUCCUUGAAGUAUUCCAAAUUGGUAAUCGGGGGAACUGUAGCUAUUUUUCUUGUGAGCCUGGUGUUAUUCUUCCAAUUGGGAAGAAGCUUUCUGCCUGAAUUUAAUGAAGGUUCGCUGGUGAUUAGCGUGGUAGGCACUCCAGGAAUGUCUCUGAAGGAAAGCAAUAAAACGGGAAAACGCGUAGAAGAAUUGCUGUUGGAAAUGCCCGAAGUGGAUGUAGUUACCCGGAGAACCGGCAGGGCCGAACUGGACGAGCACGCUCAGGGCGUGAAUGCCGCAGAGAUAGAUGCCCCAUUUACCUUGCAGGAUGGCCAGAGCAAAGAAGCGUUUUUCGCGAAA